AUGUCAACCGCCACUAUUAACAAUAUCAAUAUGUCAACUUCAACUAUUAACAAUAAUCACAAUAUGUCAACUUCAACUAUUAACAAUAUUCACAAUAGCAAAAAUCGUUUAUCGAGCAAAACCGAAAAAAGGACAAUUUCAAAAAUAGCGUCUAAAACUAAAAAUGUUUAUCGUCUAUUGAAAAAAGCUUUCAAAAGAGAUUCAUCAGGAAAGAAAAAGCAAAAGAAGAAAGACAAAAAUAAUUUUGCUGCUAGCAAUGAUGACAUUGCUAAUGCCACCGAAAAAAAUAUUGACGCUUCCAACGGAAUAGUUGCUGAUAAUUCAUCGAAUCUCAAACUUCUAGACGAUUUAAACACAUACCUCCUACAACAUGCAAACAAAAUACUCAACGAGAUAGAAUUAGAAAUCUCACAGCAACUCAUGAAAAAAUGUAAUAAAUCACUUACAAGACUCGACCAAAUAACCUCGGAUAUCAACGAAAAAAUUAACGGCAAGGAUGACUAUGACGUGAACCUAUCCGAGUAUGAUGUGGCGUGGAUUGCAAUGAUACCGGAUCAAAAAUAUAAACAAUCGCAAUUACCGAGAGAUUUUAAGUUGGCGUUUCCGGAAUGUUUCUUGUGGUUAUUGAGAUUUCAGGAUGCAAGAGGAAGUUGGACAAAAAUUAGCACAAAGAGCAUCGCGCCGUCACUUUCGGCAUUGUUGGCGCUUGGAUUAUUUAGAGCUCGUGCUGGACCAUAUUUUAAAGAAAAGUUAUCGGAUUUGGGUGUAUGCGUAGAAGAUUUUAAUCGUGUGUUUUCCAAGGGUGAAACAUUUUUACGAAAAAAUCUUAAUAAGUGGAAUAUUGAUGAACACAAAACCGCCGCCACACCAAUUGAAAUGAUCGUAUCUUUUCAUCUCAAAGAACUCGAGAAAAUCAACCCACCAAUCACAUUUGACUUUCCAGCAAAAGAUCGACUCUGCGAUUACCAAAAACGAAUGAGCAAAAUACCAGCCGACGAAAUUUUCUCGUUAGCUUCCCGUCGUUCAUCCGGUGAAAUGAUUCAUCCACUAGAGAUAUUGGUCAGCGUCAUGAACAUCUCUCAUGUUCAGAAUCUUUCUAGUUACGGAUCAUCACCAGCGGCUACCGCCGCAAUUUUAAUCUCAGCUCCGGAAUGGAAUAACGAAGCCUACAAGUUUCUUCGAAAAUUAAUUUCUAGUUGGCGAAAAUCGGAUGGGUAUUCAAGCCAGAAAGCUAAAUCCCCGACAAAUCCUGAUUUUGAGACUUGCUGGGUCGUUGAAUGCGUAGGUGAAUUGAUCUUGAAUGCUAGUCCCACCACAUCUAUCAUUACAGAAGAUCCAUAUUUGGAAGAAGUAGAGGAUAAAUUUGUCCGUCUAUUAAAUUAUAUUAGAGAGAAAAUUGAAGAGCAAAAAGGACUCUAUCAAUUCAAGAGUUUCGAUAAUAAAACGACCGCCGACAUUAAUCACACUGCUCUCGCAUUACAUCUUUUGGCUCAAUAUGACUCGGACCAUCGAAUAGACGUGGAAAAUUUCAUCAGAUUUUUCUGGACCGGUGAAUAUUUCAACAUUUUACCACGUGAACGAACCCAUUCAUCCAUUAACAAUAUUCACGCGCUAAAUGUGUUAUUGACCGAGCGCGACAAUGCCAAGAGGAGAAAUGAAUAUCCGAUCACGGUGGAAACUGAAACCAUCAACGGAAAAGUGACCACGGUGAAGAUCGAGCAUAUCAUUCAAAUCACGAUUGAAUUCAUCAAAUCGAAACGAACCGAGAAUUUCCUGUGGACAGAUGAAUGGCAUUCAACGCCUUGGUACACUACAUUGAAAGCGAUCAAAGUUCUUUUAUCGUUGCAGCAACAUCCGAAAAUACUUACUCUCUCAUUCAAGUCUAAGCCUUCGUUGCUGGCAUAUUGUAGAUCAACCGUUGAUUACGCGCUCAAAACACAGCAUUCCGAUGGUAGUUGGGGAGAAAUGGCUGCUAGUUACUCGAUUGGGAAUCUCGAGGAGACGAGUUACGUGCUACGUCUGUUACAAAUGUGCUCUGUUUAUUGGCCAAAAGAUGAACUCUUGGCGUCCGCGAUAAUGAAAGGCCGAGAAUUUUUGCUAAAGCAUUUUGAGAAAGCAACCACUGAUCAAACGUUUUUCAAUAAUCAUCAACCACCUUUAUGGGGCAUCUACACGGCACCUAAAUUCAUUCAAGCAUCAAUGCUAUGUGUGUUAUGGAAUUCGGUUUAG